AUGCUCGAGCCCCAAUUGUCGACUGCAAAUCUGUUGUUUGCCUUGAGCGGUUUCUCUACCCUCUGGGCUAUCAAGGCAUUUAUCAAUUACAAGCGACUCUUGAGGGCAGUCAAUUAUACUCCAGGUCCAAAGACACAUUUCUCGGAGCCAUCGUUGAUUUCCACAUUAUUGCCCCGCAUUCCGGGAAUCGUGCAGAAACACGACUGGCCGUGGGUUUUCAAAUACACGGCUUUCGAGAAGUAUGGAAGAGAUCUGCUCGCUGGGCUCGUCUUUUGGCCGUCCGCCCGCGUCUUGAUUCACGUCGCAGAUUCAGAGGUAGCCAAGGAGGUUACUUCCCACAGGGCGGCGUUCCCGAAGCCGGUCGCUCCAUACAAAAUCGCAAAUUACCUCGGGCUUAAUAUUCUCUCCACAGAGGGCGAAGAAUGGUGGCGUCACCGCAAAGCCAUACAAAGGUCCUUUUCGGAGCAGAACAACAAGCUGGUUUGGCGAGAAACUGUCAAUACUAUCCUAGAACUGUUCACUAUAUGGGACGAAGAAAUGACAGCAAAUCAAGUUUUCGUACCUGGUGUUGCCGACCUCACGAGAAGCUUGACUCUCAUGGUGAUUAGUGCCACUGGAUUUGGACAUACCGUGACCUUUAAGACGACAAUGAACUUUGUCAACGAAGGGAUCUUUCAUCGGCUGGCGCUCCCAGAUUGGAUUCUUAGUCUCUACAAGUUUGGACGAGAUACCAAGACUGCUUACCAAGAAUUAGAGAUGAUAGAGAAUCGGCUCGCCUCACCAGGCGAACACAACGAUUUGUUCUCAAACCUUCUCCAGGCAAGAGAGGAGGAAAAGACUCUUCGAUAG